UAUAGAUGUUACCUUUUCUGUUUGUAGAAAAUCUUGACUCUGGCUUGAUAGAGUGACAAGUGCCUUUGAAUGUUCAAUUGAUUUGCUAUUAUGUACGCAACCCUCAAAUUGAAUGAGUGAGUAGCACUCUUGAGAUACUUGACUUGAAUUUACUUACAUUCAUAUGAUGGAAUGAGAGUUUACUGUUUACCUGCAUAUGUUAUCUGGUGAGAUAGAUUGCAGAACUUCAAUUCAGAGGAUAACGUAUUGGGGCAGCUGCAAUGGAAAAUUUGGGAAAAUCAAGUUAUACUUAUAGACACAUUCAUGUACAUAAAUUUAGGAAAAUCAGUUUCAUUUGAAAGAAUAUGCAGAAAGUUUAUCUCUUGAUAUUUUGCUUGCUCUAUAUUGAACUUUUAAUGACAAGUGUUUUAUUUUUACUUGUUUUUAGUGCUUCUUUUCUCAGAAUUUUAUUAACAGUGUUAGAACUCCACUUUUUCUUCUUAAUGCUGCUUAUGAUUCAUGGCAGAUGUGCAAUUUUGGUUGUAAGCCAUGGGGAUCCCCUGCAAAUCUUGCAAACAAUUCUGCUUGCUGCUAAUAAACACAAGAGUCCCUCUUAUGAUGACUUAGCUUCAAUGUUAGAUAGAGGCAGUUUAGGUGGCACCGAUCUUGUCCCAGCACCACCAAUACACAAUGCAAACUGGAGAGCUCAAGGGAGUCAUUUAAGGUCUAGCAUAGAGCCAACUUGCUCUUUUGAUACUCUUCACUGUUGCAUGAUAGGCCGGGUGUUAUUUCCAUUAUUAAAAUUUCCACCAACUUUGCUCUAUGACUUGCUUGAUUAUGAUGGAGAUAGUACAACAAAAUAUUUCCGUUGUAACAUUAGAAUUUAUAAUGUGGCUUUUGUUUUUACAUCUGUUGGUUGAAAAUUGACUAUGAAAUCAACAAACGUA